CAAGAAAUGUUGUGGUGUCCAUCAGUGGAUCUGGUGAAAUAAUGGAGGGUGAUUCAGUAAAUCUGACCUGCAGCAGUGAAUCAAAUCCACCUGUUCACACCUACACCUGGUUUAAGGAGAAUGAAACAUCAUCUGUUGGAUUUGGACAGACGUACAGCAUCACUAACAUUAACUCCAGUCACAGUGGAUGGUUUUACUGUGAGGCUCAGAAUAAAGUCGGAUCUCAGAGAUCUGCUGCUGUAUCAGUCACAGUAACAGGGGUUCAUGGUUUUGCUCUUUAUACACUUUAUGGGAUUCUUGCUGGAUGUGGGGCUUUGUUCAUCAUCAUCAUCUUCAUCAUUUUGUUUAUGAUGAAGCGCAGAAGAGAUCGUACAGCAGAAGACAUCAAGCAGAAGCAGACGGCUGACUCGAAUGAUGAUACAUACACAGCUCUGAAUCCUGAGUCCAGAACAUCUGAUGACAUUUACAACACAAUCAGAUCUGAUCAGUGCAGGGCUGCUGAUGGCGUCUACACGACUCUUGAGCUUCAGUCCAGAUCUUCUGAAUAUGACACACUUACAGUAAACAGACAUUAAACUCUCUCUGACUCUGACAGGCAGCACUGUACACUGAUGUAAUGUUGUGAUGUGUUGUUUAUUAUUACUAAUAAACUGAAAUGUAUAAAGCUGUUAUGUUAAGAUUUACACAUAGUUAAACCUUUAAGUACAUUAAAAUAUAUUUUCUAUCAUCAUAAUGACCACAUUUCUGUGUUAUAAUCCUCAUCUGUAUCCCAGAAGAGACUUCUCGCUCUCUGAAGUUCACACAGAUGCUGAUAGUCAUUAAAUAUGAUUGACUGAGAUGAUUGUUCAGUAUUGAGAGUCUGUCACACCUUCAGUACAGUAGAGGUUAAAUGUGAUCUUCUGAUUGGUCAGUUUAAGUCACAUGGUCAAUGAUUAUUCAUAUAUCUUCUUUGAAAACAUUUAAUUCAGCAUGUUAAAGCAGUGUUAAUAAA